AUGGAGAUACAAGGCAUAAAAACCAGGGUUCGUGAAAUUUUUGAGAGAAGCCAAAGGUAUCGCCUUAAUACGCUAGAAGUAGGUUCAAGUUCCAUUGCCACUAAUCAUAAUACGUGGCAUAAUCCUCGAGAGGAUUCUCUUCUGCUGGAGGAGGCUGAGCUCGUGGGCACGAAUAAACCCAAAAGGAAACUGAUUGGAUGGUUGGUGGAGGAAAAUCCUAAAAAGUUUGCAGUAGUUUCGGUCAUCGGCAUGGGUGGUUUAGGCAAGACCACCAUUGUCAAGAAAGUCUACAAUGAUGAGAGCGUGCAGGGAUACUUCAGACACCGAGCCUGGCUCAAUAUCUCCCAGUCUUUCAAGGUUGGUGAUCUCUUAAGGAGCAUGAUAGAGAAACUCUUCAAGGCAAGUGAGCAAUCGAUUCCUCAAGAGAUGGAGAAGAUGAAUGACACUGAUCUCAAGAAAAUACUGAAGGAAUUCUUGCUAGAAAAAACAUAUUUGAUCGUCUUAGAUGAUAUGUGGAAUAUCGAUGCGUGGGAGGCUCUUAAAUUGGCGCUUCCUAGAAGGAAUUUGGGCAAUCGAAUAAUCAUUACAACACGUUUCAUGAACAUAGCCUCCUCCUUCAAAGAAUUUAUCGGCCAUGUUCACCACCUUAAGCCUCUUGGAUCGGAGGACGCUUGGGCUCUCUUCUGCAUAAAAGUGUUUCCCCUAGAAAGUGAUUGCCCCCACACUUGGAGGAUCUUUCUCAGAAGAUCUUGGGAAGAUGCGAAGGUUAACUGUGUAAGGCUGAUACGGCUAUGGGUAGCAAAAGGAUUCAUAAAAGAAAAGGGAGGAUUGACUAUGGAAGAGACAACACAGAACUAUUUCAAGGAGCUGAUCAAUAGAUGCCUAGUUCAGAUUGCAGACACACAUAGCGAUGGAACUAUGAAAAAGUGUAAAAUCCAUGAUCUAAUGCGUGACAUCAUCAUUCUGAAAGCACGCGAGGCAUAUUUUGCUGGUUCACUGAAUCAUGUUCCAUUGGAGAUUUUCCCGGAUGAAAUUGUAAAUCUGUUGCAUUUGAAGUACCUAAGUCUGAGGGGAACAAAUAUCAAAAUGAUCCCAGAGUCCAUAGGGAGGCUUAGAAAUCUAGAAACACUCGAUCUUAAGAAGACCUAUGUGACUAAACUACCCAAGUAUAUCCUCAAGCUUCAACAACUCCGUCAUAUUCUUAUUUAUCGAUAUCAGGUAGAAUCCUAUUUACCUUUUGAUUCUGCCCAACUAGUCACAGUCCCAACAGGUAUUGGAGGUUUAGUAGCCCUACAAAAGCUUGCGUAUUUAGAUGCAAGCCAUGGGAAAGGCAUAAUUAGAGAGUUGGGAAGGUUGACCCAACUAAGGAGGUUGGGAAUUAGAAGGCUUAGAAAAGAAUAUGGACUUGGACUAUGUGACUCAAUUGCAAAGAUGGAUCACCUACUUUCAUUUGAUGUGUCUUUACGAGAUGAGGAUGAGAUCCUUGAUUUACAGUUACUACCAUCUCCUUCCAAACUCUUAGAACGUCUAUAUUUAAAAGGGCGUUUAGAGAAGUUACUGACAUGGAUACCUUUGCUUGAUAACCUGGUGAAAAUAUGUCUGAGAUGGUCAAGAUUAAAGAAUGAUCUCACUGAUGCCCUUCAAGCUUUGCCCAACUUGGUGAUCUUCGUCUUCUUAAAGCUUAUGAGGGAGAAGGAUUAUGGUUUUCAUUAG